UGGUCUAGCUUUCUGUGUGCUUAGGUGCCCGAGCUACUGAGGGUCUAAGUCCGGGCAGCAGAAGAGUGUGGUAGGUAACGGUCGUCAGCGCAAGGGUCAUUUCGUCGCUGGGAAGGGACGGCCCUCGCCCGCGGUGAUGGUGAAUGGUGAAUGUGUUGUUAGGAUGGUUGUCUAGAGAGGACUUAGCAGGAACCGGUUCUCUAAAUGUGACGUAUCUCACACUGCGUGUUGCUGUCCAGGUUAGCAAGAUGAACAAAGAUGCGCAGAUGAGAGCAGCGAUUAACCAAAAGUUAAUAGAAACUGGAGAAAGAGAACGCCUCAAAGAGUUGCUGCGAGCUAAAUUAAUCGAGUGCGGCUGGAAGGAUCAGUUGAAGGCACACUGUAAAGAGGUAAUUAAAGAAAAAGGACUAGAACACGUUACUGUUGAUGACUUGGUGGCUGAAAUCACUCCAAAAGGCAGAGCCCUGGUACCUGACAGUGUAAAGAAGGAACUCCUACAAAGAAUAAGAACAUUCCUUGCUCAGCAUGCCAGUCUUUAAGGGUGAACUAGAAUGUGUUGUUCUGUGGGUUUAUUUCUGAAAGUAAAACUUGCCAUAAAUUAGAAAUUGAUUUCCCAAAAUAAAGUCCUUUUUUGUAUGAUGGUAUACAGUUUUCAGUAAUGAUGUAUACAUUGUAUUGGUUUUUUCCCUAAAUGUGUUAUUUUAAUAAAUAUCUCAUGAAUGAGUUUCAA